CAUCUUUAGUUCUUUGGCAAAAAAAAAAAAUAGCAUCGCAUCGCGUUUUUUGUGAAAAUUGUGACAAAGCUGUUUUGAAAGUUGGCAAGCUAAUUGACGCUCGCAGUGAAAUACUAGACGCACCAACAAGGCCCAUCCGUCAAGCGUAUCCUGUCCAGGAUCCCCGAAAAAGUCCAGGUCCAAGAGGUGUACCCAUCAGCGUGCUUUUCUGUCUGCCGGUGGCCAAGGACCAAUCGGUAAUCGGUGUUUUCCGCAAAAUUCACAGAAAAUUCACGGGAAGAUGAGUCGCAGGAGGGCUCACGACACGGAGGAUGAGGGCUAUGAUCAUCGGCGCAACAAGCGUAGACGUGUGUCCGAAAACCAGGAGAUCGAGGAUCGUCUGGAGUCGCUGAUACUGCGGGUGGGCGAGCGUAGCACCUCCUCCGUGGAAUCGAACCUAGAGGGACUCGUCUCCGUUCUGGAGGCCGAUCUGGGCACGUUUCGCCUGAAGAUCCUGCGCAUCCUGUCCGACUGCGCCGUGCGAAUGCCAGAGAAGUGUACCGUUUACACCACGUUGGUGGGCCUGCUCAAUGCCAAGAACUACAAGUUUGGCGGCGAGUUCGUGGAUCACAUGGUGAAGACCUUCAAGGAGUCCCUCAAGAUGUGCCGCUGGGAUGCCGCCCGCUACUCGCUGCGCUUUCUGGCCGACCUGGUCAAUUGCCACGUCAUUUCGGCCACCAGUCUCCUCCAGCUGCUGGACACCAUGAUCGAUGUCUCCAACGAGGAUACAGUGCCCCAGGUGCGUCGCGAUUGGUUCGUCUUUGCUGUGCUCUCCACGCUACCCUGGGUGGGUCGCGAUCUCUACGAGAAGAAGGAGUCUGCCCUGGAGUCCCUGUUGCUUAGGAUCGAGGUCUAUCUAAACAAACGCUCAAAGAAGCACCAUAAUGCGCUGAGGGUGUGGUCCUCAGACGCUCCGCAUCCACAGGAGGAGUACUUGGACUGCCUGUGGGCGCAGAUACGCAAGUUGCGGCAGGACAAUUGGGCGGAGAAGCAUAUACCACGACCCUAUCUCGUAUUCGAUUCAAUACUUUGCGAGGCACUGCAGCACAAUCUGCCCACGAUUGUGCCGCCGCCGCAUCACGACAACUUUGAGUAUCCCAUGCCCUGGGUGGUGUACCGCAUGUUCGACUACACCGACUGCCCCGAUGGGCCCAAUCUGCCGGGUGCCCACUCAAUAGAGCGCUUUUUGAUUGAGGAGCAUCUACACCAUAUCAUUGAAACAUACCAUCACGAGCGAAAGGAUUGCGCCGCCCAGCUGCUUAGCUUUCCGUACAAGCACAAGAUCCCGCUGGAGUACUGCAUCGUCGAGGUGGUCUUCGCCGAGCUCUUUCAUAUGCCCACGCCGCGCUAUCUGGACAUCUGCUACGGCUCCAUUUUGAUCGAACUCUGCAAACUGCAGCCGGCCACGCUGCCCCAGGUUCUGGCCCAGGCCACCGAGAUCCUCUUUAUGCGCAUCGACUCGAUGAACACGUCAUGUUUCGAUCGGUUCGUCAAUUGGUUCUCCUAUCAUCUGAGCAACUUCAAGUUCACAUGGUCAUGGGACGAAUGGGACAGCUGUCUGCUCCUCGACGGCGAGCAUCCGCGUCCCAAAUUCAUCCAGGAGGUGUUGCAGAAGUGCCUACGCCUUUCGUAUCAUCAGCGCAUUACGGAAAUGAUGCCAACGACUUAUGCCAAGUUGAUUCCCUUGACGCCAGUGCCCAAUUACAAGUACGCCAACGAGGAGGCAGCCAACUUGCCGGGAACAACGGUGGCCCAUCAACUGGUGGUGGCCAUCCGGCAGAAGUGCACGCCCGAGGAGGUGGUCAACAUAUUGAAGGAUAUACCGAAUAGCGGAUAUAGCGGCGAGGAGAUGUCCGACGGCAGCUUCAAUGCUUUGAAGAUCGAUGUUUUCGUCCAGACGUUGCUGAAUUUGGGCUCGAAAUCGUUUUCGCACAGCUUUGCGGCCAUAUCGAAAUUCCAUUCGGUAUUCCGUGCACUGGCCGAAACGGAGGAGGCGCAGAUCUGCAUUCUGCACAACAUUUUCGAACUGUGGUCCUCGCACCAGCAAAUGAUGGUGGUCCUAAUCGACAAGCUGCUCAAACUGCAAAUCGUCGAUUGUUCGGCGGUGGCCACGUGGAUUUUCUCCAAGGAGAUGACCGGCGAGUUCACGAAACUGUAUCUCUGGGAAAUUCUCCAUCUGACGAUCAAGAAGAUGAACAAGCACGUGAUCAAGCUGAAUACCGAAUUGAGCGAGGCCAAGGAGAAGCUUGCGAAGGCGGACUCUUCGUCCAGCGAUUCGGAGGAUGAUUCUUCGCAUAAAAGGAAGAAGCCGAUCACACACGCUGACAAGCCAUCCGAGGAGGUGGUUGAGCGCAUGGAGGAGAAAUUGGAAGCAGCGAAUGUGAACCAGAAGCGUCUGUUCCUCAUCGUCUUCCAGAGAUUCAUUAUGAUACUCUCCGAGCAUCUGCUGCGCUCCGAUACGGACGGCCGUGAUCCAGACACGGAUUGGUAUCGCUGGACAAUCGGACGACUGCAGCAGGUCUUCCUUAUGCAUCAUGAGCAAGUUCAGAAAUACAGCAGCACUUUGGAAACGCUGCUAUUCACAUCCGACCUGGACACACACAUCUUGGAAGUGUUCCAACAGUUUGUGGCCCUGCGUGCCUAAAGAUGGAGCUGAGAAGGCGCAGCCCAAAAUACCCCCCCCAUUUUACAUAUAUCGAUGAUGAAUUUGAGUUUGUAAAGUUCGCCCAGUUAGAUCGAACUGUCGACAUAUGAUUUCGGGAAAUUAGCCGUUGCAUACCCAUGCACCACCAUACAAGAAAAACACACUAGAUAAGGAAUAAUUUUUUUAUGUUUUGUAAACGACGCGAAAAGUUAACAACAGGAAUGAGAAAAGCUCAGAAAAAUAAAGUCGAAUAGGCAGUUUCUUUAUAAGGAUAAAGACCAAGAUGGACAUCAAAAUACAAUGUUAAUUCGAAGUAUCUUUUGGGUGGUUCACAUACGUAAGAUAAGUUAUUGAAAAUAAACUAUUUGUCAUACCACAAAAUAUGCUAUGAAAACCAUUUGAAGAAGCCCCAUCAAGUGAAUACUUUUGGGCGCUAGAAAAACACUUUAUUGUCAUGGUAAAUAUAUUUAUUUAUAUGUACGUUUUUGUGUGUAUACAUAUAUAUACAUUUAUAUAGAUCUGUUUUGUAUGCAUUCAAUAUAUGAAAAUAUAU